AUGCUGAUAGAUGGCCAAAGCGGUGAGAUUUUGGCGACAAAUGUCAUGUUUUCAACCAGGCCGCAAAAGAUUUUUGUGCUGGAAGGACAUGGAACGCGACAGCACUCUGCACUCCAUGUGGCGUCUGCCACAAACUGCGUUGUCAUCACUCGCUCUCAGGAUGGUUAUGUGAGCAUCUUCUCCUCAGAGCAUCUUCUGUGUUCACCGGAAGAGGCGAGGUGCUUCCGUUUGCGAGAGGGGCAUGGGCAGGGGCAGUUCACAGUUGUCAUGGAGCAGGACCCCCUUCAGCAUUUUGGUGUGACUGGAAGGAUGGACUUCGCGAAGCAAGCGUCUGAUGCACUGCAGUCAAUUGGAUUUGCAGGUCGGUCUACGUUCGCAGGCAACGUUAUUGGCAAGAGCUUUCUCCGCCCGGCCGCGAAGGCAUUGGAUGCUCACUUUGACGUCGUCUACCAGCAGAUCAGGAAGACCCACGAGCGAAGAAUAAUGACUCCAGCACAUAUGCAAUGGCCGUAUUCACGUUUUUCGAAGAAUCAAUCAGAGGCCGCCAUGCAGCAAGUCGAUGCACGGCGCAGGAUAGCAGAAGCUUGCGAGCGGCCUUUGAACUAUGAAAAAAAAUGUCAGGCAGCGGGCAGAUGCUCUGAGAAUGUCAAAGAGUGCCCUCCAGGAUUACCAUCACAUGAGCCGGUAAGCCAGACCGACAGGCUUUGA